UACUUAUUGCGAACUAAACCUAAUACCUAACCUUAACAUCAAGCUAUCCGGCGUGGUUUAACUCAAAAAAAGAAAAAGACAAAGAAAACUUCAUAAUUAUUAAUUCUUUCGUUGUUACAGCAUAUGAAAUAUUACAGGAAAUAAUUUUCCGAAUAUUACAUGUAAUCUGCAGUGUUUGAAUGUGAAAAGCAGAAUAUUUACAAUUUUGUAAUACUUAUUAAUUAUGAAGAAAAAAGCUAGAAAGACAAGGCGUCAGCUUUUGGCCGACAAGGCUGCGGUGCAACAACAAUUGAUCAACAAAGCAAAUGCCUUGACAGAUCCAUUAGAGACUUUAGAAAAAUGCCAUGAAUACAUCACAAAGGAUUGUACAAUAAAAUUAUCUUGCGUCAGAGCCAAGGACGCGCAGCCAGAAUGUCUCUCUUGGGUGUUCGAUAUUAUGGAGAGAAACAUGAAGGACAUGUAUAAACAGUCCUCUUGGGGCUGGGAUGCAGCUGAGAAACAGACUGAAUUAACAGAAGAGACGGCUUGGUACUUGAUAGCAUCGUGUAAUGACAAGUUUUUAGGCUUCUCACAUUUUCGCUUCGACAUUGACAAUGGCGAUGUAGUAUUAUAUUGCUAUGAAUUACAAUUGGAACCUGUGAUUAGACGUAAAGGACUUGGCCGUUUUAUGAUGUCGGCUCUGGAAUCUAUGGCGAAUCAGAAUCGGAUGUUGAAAAUUGUUUUAACAGUUUUCAAACGCAAUCUAUCGGCGAUACAAUUCUUCUAUACACUUGGAUUUAAAUUAGACAACUCAAGUCCGACCUCAGCGUACUUGGAUUAUAUAAUCUUGAGCAAACAAUGUUUUCGUGGAUAAGAAGAAGAUACAAGACUGAGUUUUUCUUUUAUAUUUUCCUUGUCUCCUAAUGAUUUAAGACUGCGUCUUGUGAAACAAAAUCGGCAAUAUUUGAUGUGGGCACAAAUUUACAAUAGGCGAUUUCAGAGACGGACCCACAUUGUGGAACGUAAGAGGCGCUUUACUUAUAGUCCAGUCUUCCAUGUCGUUGAGAAACUUGGUCAAGUCGAUUUCCCCCGAUUCCGAGACGUUGAAGUGUCGCAGAUGGGAGUUGUUGAAGCAAAAGUCCAAGGCCGACUGAUGCAGCACCAUACCAACGCCCUUGCCGGCGCCUUCGGGAAUGGGAAACACACGAAGACUGACGAUGUUUAGGUCUACUGGAAGAUCGUAUCGAAGGGGCGAGAAGUGGGCGUGCAGGUCGAAUGACAGAGAAUUUCGCGGAUGCAGAGCCACAAUUGGAUGCAGCAACUCUUCCGAAGCUAAGUGGCCACUUAGAGACAACAGUCCCGCUGGAUGAUUAACCGAUGGUACAGCAGAGGGACAAGUGCCCUCCUUCCUUUCCAAGGUCAACGUGAACAUGUGAUUUGUCAGCAAAUUGUCCAUUAUGCCCUGCCCCAAUCCUCGAUUAUCAUCCUGGAGUAAUCUUCUGUCUUGCAUGAUCUAUUUAUAAAAAUCAUACACACAGCAUAUAUGUACAUUAAUAAAUUUUUCAUGUGAACACAUCAAAUAAAGCGCAUUUUUUUAAUAGAA